UUGUGAAAAUCAAUCGUUCCCAUACUGUGUAUGAUUUUGGAGAAAGCUAAGGUACAAAACUGACUUCGGACCAUGCAGCUUACAAGAGUAGAUCGAGAGCAGCACGAAAUAAACGCCUUGUCAGUCUGAGCCUCCCUGGACUCAAUCACUUACAGUCAUUCUGGUCAAGAUGUUUAAGGUAGCAGUGGCCACCGCCAUUGUUGUUGGUUUUAUUGGAUGUUGUUUAGGAAUCACUGGAGCCAAUCAAACAAUAACUCGGGCUUAUAAAGAAAGGAUCUUUUAUUUAUCGACUAUUUUCCAAAAGUAUUCCAGAAACGAUGAAACAAUUACUUUGGCUAAUGUCAGUAAACUGAUGGUCAACCUGGGACUCCCAGCAAUUUCAGAUAAAGCGCCCUUUGUCGCCGUGGCUGGUGCUAAAGAGAAUGAUACUCACUGCCAUGACGAAGAGACCGGAUGUUCAUUCCUACGUACCAACAGAGACACCGCCAAAAAUAGUCCGACCAAGCGGUCCUUGCCUGCAGACAAUACUCAUUAUAGUCACAGUAAGUGUUUGAACACUAUGGAGUUGAUGAUGGUCUACCACUUUCAAGAUAAAAUGGCGAUAAGCAAAGACGAAUUCAUGGAUUUAUGUCCAAGUCUGAUUGUUCUUUUGGACAAAGAUGAAUGCAAGAAAAACAUGACACCUUCCAUGAGUCAUAAGGAAUUACAUGACGAAGAGAAACGAACCUUGGCCUCCAUUCCAGCUAGUGUUUGGGGAUACAGCUCCUUGGCAAUUUUGAUCAUCAGUUUGGUCGGCCUUCUUGGAGUGGCAGUUAUUCCCAUCAUGCAACGCGUGUUUUACAACCACCUGUUGCAGUUCCUCGUGGCGCUGGCAGUUGGCGCCCUCUCUGGUGACGCAAUGCUCCAUCUUAUUCCUCAUGCACUGGCUGUUGAGGACGAACACGCUCAUGGACAUUCCACUACAGGCGCAGGACUAACAGACGAACAGAAAAACGUCUUUAAAGGGCUGACGGCACUCGUCGGAAUUUUCAUCUUCUUCUUCAUCGAAAGAGUGAUGACUAUUGUCACAAACAUUAAGAGGAAGCGGAAAGAGAAAAUCCACUACGAGCACCAGUUGGAAUUAGCAGCCCGACUCGGGGAUGACGAGAUAGAACAGAUUAAAAAAGCUCACGAGCUCGCUCAUCUCUACCAGCACGAACACGACUGCGAAUCGCUGAACUGGGGAUUGAAUCCGGGAACCAGAGCACUGGAACAUUUUGCCGAGGAGGCCAACAGAGAAAAACAGGAAGAUGAGGUCUUGAUGAAGAAAAUUAACGAGCAGAAAAAGAUGGAACGCAAAAACUCCAAGGCGAACCUGAACCGGCAGCUGAGUCGUUCCCAUAGCCAUUCCCACUCCCAUGACGAAGGCAUUCCUAAAGAUGUAGCAGCGGUGGCCUGGAUGGUCAUUUUUGGGGACGGGAUUCAUAAUUUUUGUGACGGACUGGCGAUCGGAUCAGCCUUCGCUGCUUCUAUGACAGGUGGCAUCAGUACCACUAUUGCUGUGUUCUGCCAUGAGCUGCCUCACGAAAUAGGUGACUUUGCUGUACUUUUGAAGGCGGGAAUGAAGCCAAAGCAGGCGAUCGUUUAUAACGUGGUGUCGUCUGUGUUAGCGUUUUGUGGGAUGUUGAUUGGCGUCAUGCUUGGUAACAUUGAGGCAGCAAGUCUCUGGAUCUUCACUGUGGUGGGCGGAAUGUUCCUCUAUAUUGCUUUGGUUGAUAUGUUGCCAGAAAUGAUGACAGUCGAUGCUAAAGAAGGAGAGAACCCUUUCUUCCACCUCUUAUUCCAGGCAUGUGGCAUGUUUCUGGGAAUCGGAAUCAUGCUACUCAUAGCUCUGUACGAGGAAAACAUGAAAACAAUGAUGGAGCCAUAACACCGUGCUCUCCUCGAAACUGCCAGAAAUCCAUGAACAAUUCUCUUGCAUUAUUGCAAUUUUUUCGAAUCUUAUAUCAUACUAGUAUUGUAUA